CUGUCGAGAGUCUUCUAAAGUCCUGUUCCACUAAAGCAGGUGACCCAGCCGGAGACUGCCCGCAAACCCACGAUAAUAUCGUGGUUAGAUUGUCACAGGAAGAUAAAGGAAGAUACGAUAGAAAAUCAAUGACAAGACACCGAAAACAAGACCUAGUACAGGGCCUACAAGUAGGUCGUAGUGAUCUUGUUGUAGUAUUGCAUUCUUUGCACCAUCUUUAUCAUUACUUGAGGCAUUUUAUACUCGCCCGAGCCGCUGGACCUACUAGAAACCUCUAACAAACAUCAGGCCAGCUGCGGAACAUCUCUUGACGUUCACGCAGGUAAGUGGUAGCACGUGUGGCAUUCGCCAUGAGUGAUGUCGCAGGAAGACUCCUCGAGGAGUUCGACCAAUAUGUGAUGAACCACAUCCCGAUCCGCCUCAUACGCCUAUCAGACAUGACAUUUGUAGGGCGUGAUGAUAUAAGGAAGCACUUUCGGAGCUUUGUCCCUCAAACGAAUCUUUUUGGGAUCUAUAAGCCCUCCCGAGUUGUCAGAUAUGCCAUUCUAUCUCACCGAUGGCUGGAUUCGGGAGAGCCAACGUACGAAGAGAUGAAGGCGGGCACAGCAACGGGUCCUGGAUACAAGAAGCUGAAGAACUUUUGUGAACAGGCCAGGAAGCAAAACGUGGAAUUUGCAUGGUCAGAUACCUGCUGUAUCGACAAGAGCAGCAGUACCGAGCUGGACGAGUCCAUUCGCUCCAUGUUUCGGUGGUAUCAUAAUUCUGCUAUUUGCGUCGUCCAUUUAGCAAAAAGCACGACCAUCGAGGAUAUAUUGCAUGAUGAAUGGACGGAAAGGGGCUGGACAUUGCAAGAACUCCUUGCACCCUUCCAUAUCAAAUUCUUCAAUAAGCACUGGAUGCCUAUGACGAAUGAUUCAAACGACAAACAAAAAGCUACCACCAAAAUACUGCAGACUCUGGAGAAGGCCACUGGUAUUCCUCGUGAUAAGAUCAACUGCCAGUUCAAUCCACGUCCGUUCAAUGUGGAUGAGCGGAUGGUGUGGGCAGCCAGACGCAAAACAACGAGGGUUGAAGACGUAGCAUAUUCUCUGAUGGGUAUAUUCGACGUCAGCCUGCAAAUCGCAUAUGGAGAAGGAGGAGACCGCGCAUUCUGCAGGCUCAUCGAAGCCAUCAUGCAGGCUGGUGACCCUUCUGUCCUCAAUUGGAAGGGCAAGGCUGCAAAACAUCGCACUUCAUCUGCUAUUCCUCGAUCUCCAAGGAGCUUCAUGAACCGUCGAGAGUUGAAGUUGGAUAGUGGCGGGCGACUGGAGAUGACUAUGACCAGUCUCGGCUUGCGGGUGCCUCUAGUGAUCCUCCCUCUCAGUCUCCCUUUCUCAGAGGCUGCUGGAACAGGGAGUGCCUGCAUCACAUUCGAAUGCCUGUUGUAUCCCAGCAUCAAGAUUGAUAUCAAUGUUAACAACUUGUUGGGCCACGGUCGGUAUCGAUAUGCGCUUGGGAUCAUCAACUACUCGCUUGUCAGGGAUGGAUUAGUCCGUGAGGUUGUGGAGAUGCAGGGCAAGUCAGCCGGAAUCCCCCUCAGAUGCCAACUGGUAGAUCGGUUCAGCUCAUCCACCCCUGCUGUUGGGUUCGGGUUUGAGACUGUCUACUUGGAACAGAGCCUAUCUAAACCAUGGGAGAAGAUACGUGAGGAGGGUUUGAUCGAGGUCAAUUUUCCAAUCACAUCGCGUUUUUACAUCGAACAUAAAUACCUAGAAAAUGUCCACUUGUAGCCCACUGUCUCCCAAGUAUUAAAUAUUAAGGAGCAACUAAGUCGAGCCAAUUUGUUACCGUGACGGCUACAGUUUGACCACAGUUAUGUUUUUUGGCCAGUGGGGGCGGCCCCUCACUAGGUGUAACGCUCGUCAAAGGCCGUCGUCGACACGUCGACGAUGGCAACCAAAUAUUAGUCUUAUCAUUUUCUCCUUCAGUAUAUAAGCCGUAUAGGGCUCCGUGAAAAACUACGAUGUUAAAAAC